CUUUCGUGCGUCCUCUGUGAGAUUUACCGCACACACUCACACACGCACACGCAGCGGAUCACGGUUUAGGACCAGAGUCCUGUCUGAAGAGUUUGUUGGAGCCGUGUUUCCUGGCUCCCGGUCAAACCCACAGCACCUGCCCGCUGACAAACAGUGGACCUGAGGAUCUGCUGGACCUCCUCUCCUCCCCAGAUGUAGAGGGAGUUGUCAUCUGCAGCAGUCUUGUACACAGUAGACCUCUGUGCUGUCCAGUGAACUUGGCCACCAUGCGUGAGUACAAGCUUGUGGUGCUGGGAUCAGGAGGUGUGGGAAAGUCAGCACUGACAGUCCAAUUUGUGCAAGGGAUUUUUGUUGAGAAGUAUGACCCCACAAUAGAAGACUCCUACAGGAAGCAAGUUGAGGUCGAUGGGCAGCAAUGUAUGUUAGAAAUCCUGGACACGGCUGGAACAGAGCAGUUCACAGCUAUGAGGGACCUGUACAUGAAGAAUGGCCAAGGUUUUGCUCUGGUGUACUCCAUUACAGCGCAGUCAACAUUUAAUGACCUACAGGACCUCCGGGAACAGAUCCUGAGAGUAAAGGACACAGAGGACGUUCCCAUGAUUCUGGUGGGAAACAAGUGUGACCUGGAGGGAGAGCGUGUAGUCGGCAAGGAGCAGGGUCAGAAUCUGGCCCGACAGUGGAACAACUGUGCCUUUUUAGAGACUUCAGCUAAAUCAAAGAUCAACGUUAAUGAGAUUUUCUAUGAUCUGGUGCGACAGAUCAACAGAAAAACGCCGAUGGAAAAGAAGAAGAUAAAAAAGACGGGUUGCACUCUUCUCUAAAAUGCCACCCCACAUUUCUCAAUGCCAGAAACUUGUAACAGUUAAAGUGUUUCCCAAUGGAUUGAGCCAGAAUCCAAGUCCUCUCCAGAACAUUUGAAAAAGCCUGACAUGGAUACACUCACAAAAUGGCAGGAGACGGCACAUACUGUCAAGAUGUUCUUGACAGAAAUCUGACUCCCUUUUUUUUUGUCAGUCUAUUGAUGACUCUGUUUUUGUCUCUUUUUUUUCCCUCCCUUCCUUUUCUUCUCCAAUGUGUCUUUCUUUUGGCGACCAGGGGUUUAAUCCAUAUAUUGGGACUAAAAAAAUGUUUUUAUUAAAUGUAACAACAGUCUUUGGCAUAUUGUGACAAUUCAUUUGCAGAAGAAACAUGUGAAAUGUUGGCCAUGGCACACAUUUCUGCACUACCUGUUAACGCAGAUGCAUCAUUGUCCAGAAGUUACUCGUUCCUUACUUACAAGGAUGUGUGCUGAUAAAUUAACAUCUUUCCUAAGUGACUUUGUUUUUAUAUUGAGAGCUGCAAGCCUUCCAUAUUUCCCAUAAUAUAUACUACUUCAAUUUUUGCAUAAGAAAGCUAAGAAAAUUAGUGUUUUUAUAGACCGAUGGGGGAAGUGGUGCAUUCUAAUGUCUUUUUGAGGCUGAAAAUAUAUUGUACUAAACCAACUCUAAUAUUGCUUCUUGUUACUCUGUCACAGAUGAUUUUCCAGCUUUUAUGAAUGAUUAAAUUUUAGUACAUUUUCAAUA